ACCGCUCGGCAGCGCUCUCUCGGCACUGUCACGACGAGACCCACGGCGUCGAGAGCCUCAUGAUGCUCGAGAAGAUGAUACUUCCGAUGCUCGAGACGAGAGCCUCGUACCGCGACUCCAGGCUCACCUUCGCAGCCUUGACGCGCACCAGCCCUCCUCUUCCUCGUCGACUUCAUCGGCUCGGCAGGAAUGCAGCGUCGGUGCCACGCAUCCUCAUCGCCAGACCCCACUGGAGCGCCUAUUGGCCAUCACUGCGGACGAGGAUGACGCUCGAGCUCGAGCCCUCAUCGCUUUGAAGGAGGAGGCGCGCGCGAUGUGCCUCGAAGCUCAGCAAGACCGCGAGACUCUGCUGAAGAGUGGCCAAGAAAAGCUGCCCUUCUCGGAGGCUUACGACGUCUUCACGUCCGAGUCCGCUUUGGAGGCUGUUGUCACCGCCGCAGAAUGCUCUUUCUGCAGGGAAGACUUCGGUGGCCAGGGCAAGCGCCAGCGCAAGUCCCAUCAUAUCGCCUGCAGCAGCAAGGCGAUCGAGCAUGGCUUGCAGGAGGGCUUCGCAGCGCUGAUGGAGAAAUUCGGCUGCCCGGUAUUCGGCUGUGACUGGUCGCCGGCGCCUGUAGGGAGGGACGAGGGAGUCAACUCGACGCUUCGUGAGAGCCAGCAGCAUGGCAAUCGGUGGGGACGUCGUUGGCGGAGGGAGAGGUGGAAUUGCCGACGGAACAGUGCCCAUUCUGCCUCGUGGAUGAGACGGAGGCCCCCGCCGACCGCUGCCAUCGAUUUCCGGACCACGCCAGCGCGUGCAGGCACAUCAUCCUUGGCCACCUGGUCGAUAAGGCCUCGGAGGAGCUGGCUGCCGGGGAUGAGCUGGUGCGCUGCCCGUGCUGCAGCAGCGUCAUUCCCGUCUGGAUCGUGCUCGAGAGUCUGUACAGCCUGGGAUACGAACUCCCCACACGCGGCUACAAAGAUGUAAAUGGCUCAAUCCUCGACCACCUCAAAGCUCACGAUGCAGCUAUUCCUCGGAGCGACAGCCAACCUCGCCUCGCCACCACCCACGCGACCAC